CUGCCCACUCCGGGUCGCGGCUGGGUGGGAGGGCGGCGCCCGGGUCGCGGCGGCAGCUACUCAGAUGCUUUCCAGGAAGAAAGGAGAAACACCGUGGUGAUGCCAGCAUCUUUAAGCCAGAGUCUUCUCCAUCUGCUUUCUAUCUGCCUGGGAUUCCUGGAGAUUUCUGGUUUGAGAAGAAGCUGUCCAUGUUCACACUGGGUGAGGCGAAGCCAGGAUGACAGCGUCCUACGUGAAGAAGCUGUCCGCCAUCCUGCUGGACGCCAUCACCGACAAGGACCCUCUGGUGCGGGAGCAGGUGUGCGGCGCCCUGUGUGCCCUUGGAGAGGCACAGCCUGAGGAAGCCCUCAGCGCCUGCGAGGAGUACCUGUGGCAGCAUGAGAAGUUGACACAUCCUUAUCGGACGAUGAUCCUGAGGGCCAUGGAGACGGUUGUGAGCGGCCACAUCAGUGAGCUGCGCAAGGACAAGGCCAGGGCCAUCAUCCUCCUGGCCUCCAGCGAGAUGACCAGGGCGAAGGAAUUGGUUUGUGACUGGCAGCAGGCCGCCAGCAACGUCCUGGUGGCUGUUGGGAAGCGGUUCAUCGGCAAGGUGAUGGAGGAGCUGCUGAGCAAGUUCCAGCCUGGGGCCCUGCCACACUACUUCGUGGUGCAGACCCUCGCCAGCCUCGCGGCUUCCAAUGUGUUCGGCAUGGUGCCCUUCCUGACGUCCAUCCUGAGCACCAUGCUGCCCAUGCUGGGCAUGGCCAAGCACGAUACGAUGAAGGUGGCGUUCUGCUGUGUUCUGCAGCACUUCAGCGAGAGCACUCUGGAGUACCUGGCCAACCUGGACCAAGCCCCAGACCCCACGGUCAGGAAGGACACCUUUGCCACGGACAUCUUCAGUGCCUACGACAUCCUCUUUAACCACUGGCUGCUGAGCCGCGAAGCCAAGCUCCGGCUUGCCGUGGUGGAGGCCCUGGGGCCCAUGAGCCACCUGCUGCCUAGCGAGAAGCUGGAGGAGCAGCUCCCCAAGCUCCUGCCCGGAGUCCUGGCCCUCUACAAGAAGCACGCCGAGACCUUCCACGUGUCCAAGAGCCUGGGCCAGAUCCUUGAGGCUGCGGUGACCGUGGGCAGCCGCACACUGGAAGCCCAGCUGGACUCACUCCUGGCCGCUCUGCAUGCUCAGAUCUGCGUGCCCGUGGAGUCAUCCAGCCCCCUGGUGGUGAGCAACCAAAAGGAGGUGCUGCGCUGCUUCACCGUGCUGGCUUCCUGUGCCCCUGACCGCUUACUGGCCUUCCUGCUGCCCAAACUCGAUACCAACAACGAGAGGACCCGCGUGGGCACCCUGCAGGUGGUGCGGCAUGUCAUCAACUCGGCCGCUUCUCAGAUGGAAGUUAAGAAGCCCUUUAUUCUGUCCUCCAUGAGGCUUCCUCUUCUGGACACCAACAGCAAGGUGAAGCGAGCCGUGGUGCAGGUGAUCAGCGCCAUGGCCCACCAUGGCUACCUAGAACAGCCUGGAGGGGAGGCGAUGGUGGAAUACAUUGUGCAGCAGUGUGCGCUGCCCCCCAAGAUGGAGCCUCGGAAGCUGGGCCCCGACAGCGAGGACCUCGCAACAGACAGUGUGCGGGCCAUCAGCGUCAGCACCCUCUACCUGGUCAGCACCACCGUGGACAGGAUGAGCGACGUCCUCUGGCCCUACCUGCUCAAGUUCCUCACACCCGUGCGCUUCACGGGGGCGCUGACCCCGCUCUGCAAGAGCCUGGUGCACCUGGCCCAGAAGAGGCAGGAGGUGGGGGCCGAUGCCUUCCUCAUCCAGUACGACAGCAACGUGACCCUCCCUUCGCCCUACGCCAUAACCACGAGACUUCUGACUGUGUCCUCCAACCCCUACCUGGGGGACGGCCGCGGGGCUGCCGCGCUGCGCCUCUUGAACGUCCUGCCUCACAGCAUUCACCCUUCGCUGGGGCAGCGCUGGGCGACCACCAUUCCCCUGCUGCUGGAGCAUCUGGAUGAAUGUACUGAAGAAACCCUGUCCCAGAAGGAGUGGGAGGAGAAGCUCCUGGCGUUCCUUCGGGACACUCUGGCUGUUGCGUCUGACAACACGUGGACCUGCCAGCUGAGCCUGGAGAUGUGCAGACAGCUGUCCUGCUAUGACGCGGAGCCCCAGGAGAAGAACUUCCUGUAUAAAUGCAUUGGAACCACGCUGGGUGCCGCCUCGAGCAAGGACGUGGUGAGGAAGCAGCUGCAGGAGCUGCUGGAGACAGCCAGACACCAGGAGGAGGCUGAGCGUGAGGGCCUCGCCCGUUGCUUUGGGAUCUGUGCCAUCUCUCACCUGGAUGAUGUCCUGGCUCAGCUGGAGAACUUCAUGAGGUCGGAUGUGUUCAGAAAAUCCACCGGCAUUUUCAACAUUUUCAAGGACCGAAGUGAGAACGAGGUGGAAAAGCUGAAGAGCACCGUGAUCCUGUGUUACGGCCACGUGGCGGCGCAGGCCCCCCGGGAGCUGGUGCUGGCCAAGGUGGAGUCGGACAUCCUCCGGAAUAUAUUCCAGUACUUCAGCACCAAGGUUCUGGGAAUAAAGGUAGAGACCAAGGACCCGGCCCUGAAGCUGUGUCUCAUCCAGAGCGUGUGCAUGGCCAGCCAGGCCAUCUGCAGCAGCGCACAGGCUAGCUCCUUCCACUUCUCCCGGAAAGCGGAGCUGGUGGCUCAGAUGAUGGAGUUCAUCAAGGCGGAGCCGCAAGACUCCCUGAGAACGCCCAUUCGGAAGAAGGCCAUGCUCGCCUGCACUUACCUGGUCCCCCUGGACCCAGCGCUGGAUGAGCAGGUGCAGGUGGACAUGAUCCACAGCUGUCUGCACAGUGUCCUGCCUGUGCCGCCCGAGCCCGAGGGGGAGGGUGACCACCAGGAGUCCCUGUACCUGGACACCAUGCACACCCUUGAGGAAGUGCUGACGAGCCUCCUUCGGCGAAACAUGACCCCCCAGGGCCUGCAGACCAUGGUGGAGCACCUGAGCCCGUGGAUCAAGUCCCCACGGGGCCACGAGAGGGUGCGGGCACUUGGCCUGAGUGCCUGUCUGCUGCAGUACUUCCUGGAGCACCUGCACGUCAGCGCCCUGGUGCCCUUCCACAACCUGGGCGUCCUCAUAGGCCUCUUCUCCCCUCGCUGUGCGGACCUGUGGCCUGCCACCCGCCAGGAGGCUGUAAGCUGCGUGUAUGCCCUGCUCUACCUGCACCUGGGCUACGAGGGCUUCUCCCGCGACUACCGGGAUGAUGCGGUUGAGCGGCUCCUCACCCUCAAGGAAGGACUCGUGCACCCCGACCCUGCCAUCGUCUUCCACACCUGCCACAGCAUAGCCCAGAUCAUUGCCAAGCGCCUCCCGCCAGAGCAACUCAUCAGCUUCUUGCUGACCAUGUUUGAGGGGCUGGGAGACCCCGACAAGAACUGUUCUCGGGCCGCCACGGUCAUGAUCAACUGCCUGCUGAAGGAGCGAGGCAACAUGCUCCUGGAGAAGGUGCCCGAGAUCGUGAGCGUGCUCCGCUCAAAGCUGCAGGAGGCACGGGAAGAGUACGUCCUGCAGGCGGCACAGCACAGCGUGUACCUCCUAGCGUCCCAGCACUGUGCCGCCGUGGUGUCCAGCCUCCUGGGCAGCCCGCUGCCCUUUGACAGCCACACCUGUAUCCUGUGGCGGGCGCUGGCCGUGGAGCCCGGCCUCACCACGCAGGUCCUGGGGCUGCUCCUGGAGAAGAUGAGCAGGGACGUGCCGUUCAAGGAGACCCGGGCCUUCCUGCUUAGCAGCUCUCCGGGCCGCGUGGCCACGCUGCUGCCCCUUGCGGCCACGUGUGCUCUGUGUGAGGUCAUGAGCGUGCUGGCGUCCGGGCCCGCGGUGCUUGAACUCUACCCGCAGCUGUUCACGGCUCUCCUGCUGCGCGUCGGCUGCACGGUGGGCGUCGUGCUGCCGCGGACGCUGCAGGCCAAGGAGAGAAGGAGCGCGGGCUCCGCUCCGGCCCCCAGGAGCCUCGAGCCCUGCAGGCCAGCGGGGUCAGAAGCGGCCCUCGGUGGGGGACAGACAGCAUCCGCCCGCCCCCUCCCCACCGCGGAGCCACCGCUCACACACCGUCUGGCAGAGGCCGCUCUCCAGAGUCGCCUGGUCCUGCACAGACCACGUGGAAAAUGUGAAUGGACUGGCAGAUGCCACCGGCCCGGCCCUGGGCCUUGCACGCUGACUCCCCUCCAUGGCCUGGGAGCUGUAGGGCUACAGGCCCCAAAACCCCACCAAGGGUCCCCAGCUGCCACCCCUGAGCUGAGACGUGUGCAGGGCCAGGGACGGGUCUAGAAGUGGGACCACAGGAAAGGCCACAUCUGUAAGAAUCCUGGGCAGCAGGGUGGACAGGCCAGGGAGGCACCCUUAUCUAAACCGUUGACGUGCUUCUCGGCCACACCUGCAUCUCCGAACGUCAGACUUGUCCUGACGCCAGAAAUGGCCCUAAACGAGCCGUCUCGGUCACAGGUAGAGCACCUGCCGCCAGCGGAGCACCCCAACGCUGAGGCCGGGACCCGGCUGGGUCACAUGCGCUGCCCCGGGGCGGGGUCUCGUGUGUGAGGUGGCCACACGGGGGGAGGUCAGCGCCAGGGCAGAGGUGCUGUGGCCCCAGGGCCCCCUGUGUGUGGUCCCACAGCCCUGGUGAGCGUGCUUUGGGCCCCAGGCUUUGCUGAGGUUCUGCCGGGUGCCGGGCCGAUGCUUGCUGUCCCCCGAGAGCCAGGCCUGUGGGGUCCCGCCCCCUUACAGCCCCGAACGCUUCUGCCUGAGCUGGGGGAGAGGCAGAUGCUAAAUCCCAGCUGGGCCCUGGCGCCUCCGGCCCCUCCUGCGAGGCAGACAGGAGAAGCAGGUGCCUGCAGGGCUGGGUGAGGGCGGCGGGUACGGCCGCACCUGCCGUCCCACCCGUGCCGGAGCCUGUAGAGGGCGCUGGGCGCGCCCCACCAGCUGCCCCAGCUCCUGGCCCCACCCUGGCCCCUGGGCAUGGGGGGGUGUCUUCCUCACCUGCCCAGAGCCCCAUCUGCCAUCCCUUCCCUGGGCUCUGGGGUCUCCCGGGGAGGGUAUGGCUGUGCACGUGUGAGUGGGGGCUUCUGAGGUGCAGAACAGACUGCAUGGGGGCCCACCGCCCUCGGGUGCCUGGACCCUGGGACCCUGCUCCACCAGCCGCCCACAUCGGGUGCCCCCUUGAUGAUGCCCCAGGUCGCGCGGGAGGCGCUCGUCCAAAGGCCCCGCACAAGUCAGACCCUGACCUGCCUUUGGCUUCGCUUUUUUUUGACAACUUUCUAUGUUCCUUUUUUUUCAUUUCUUAUUUUAAUUACAUGGAGGUCUUCGAGGCAAGUGAAAUACCUGUAGGUCGUUACCCUCACAGUGCUGUGGGGCCUUGGGGACACUGCCUGCAGCGAGCCCCCACCGGCCCGUCGUGGGGGGAGGGGUGGCCAGAGGGUCCAAAGCCGCCUCGUGGUGCCCAGCUUGAGAGGAGAGCGCCCAAGGGCCCCCCGGAGGGUGCUGCUGGCAGGGCACAGGCCAGGCAGCCCCCCGGAUCCAUGCCCGUGUGUCCCCGCAGCUCUGCCGUGGAUGCUCUGCAGGCCAUGCUGCUUCGGGGCGGCAACG